AAUAUUUUAUAAAUUUUCGGCAAUCACGUGGUACAACCAGCACGCCGCGAAAAAUGUGUACACAUGUAUUUGUUUUUUAAUGUCUUGCGUUCUGAAGAAAACAUGAAUGAUAGAUUGGUAUUUUAGGAAAGCUGACACGAAGGGAUAACAGAUCCUUAUCAAGAUGGGUGUUUACCUUUCUACUCCAAACACUGAAAAAAUAUCAAUAGACAAAUCCAACAAGAAGUUUAGCUAUGGUGCUUCCUCUAUGCAAGGAUGGAGGGUUUCUCAAGAGGAUUCGCACAACUGCAUUGAUGACUUGGACGAGGACACGGCUCUCUUUGCUGUAUAUGAUGGCCAUGGAGGGUCCGAGGUUGCCCAGUAUUGCUCACUUCAUCUCCCUGACUACAUCAAACAACAUCCACUUUUCAAAGAUGGAAAAUUGAAAGAGGCACUUGAAGUUGCAUUUCUUGGAUUUGACCAGAAAUUGUUAGAGAAGGAAGCCUUGGAUGAAAUGAGAGUUUUAGCUGGAAUAGAUGAAGAAGAGGAUGAAGAAGGUGAAACUUCAAACACAUUUAAACAGUCGAAAGGAAAAAUGAAAUCUGAGGCAGAUUUGUUGCGAUCAGAAGCUGAUAUGCCUCUGGAAGAUCUAUUGGCAAAGUAUGAAGGACUUCCACAACCCAGACUUAUACAGAAGAAACGAACUACUGUCAACUCUCCUCUGUUGAAAGGGAAAAAAGAAUCCAAAUUUACAGCAAUGGGCUCUGUAGAAACAGAAGAAACAUGUAGUUCAUCUUCUGAUACAGGAACUUCCUGGACAAGGGAUAAGUUGGCAAACGGCCAUGCAGAAAAUGAAAACAAUUUAAACAGAGAAAAAGAGCAAAAUGAAAAUAUUCAAAUGUUGAAUGAUGAUGAAAGUGAAGCAAUUGAAAGUAAUGAUAUAAAAUCAGAGGAGGAGGUGAAGUCUCCACAAGACAAUACUGUUGGUUAUUCCACUUCCAGUUUUCAGCAGUGUGUAUCUUCUAGUUCAGAUGGACCUUCUAAAUUAGAGACACCAUCAUCAAAAUCUGACAGAAGUGACAUAAAGCAGGAAUCCGCAGAGGCAGUCUGUACAUCUACAUCCUCUUCAUCUCAGUCAUCUGAAAGCUUGAAAUCUGAUUGUGACUCAACUACAAAGAAUGUAAAUAUAUCUGAGUCCUCUGAUAUAGAAGCGGAAAAAUUAGUGAAUGCUUCAGCUGUAACAGGGGAAGAAGUUGCAGAGGAGCCUAGCUCCACAAAAUCUGAAUCCAGUCCAGGGAAAGGAAAGGGAAAAGGGAAAGGCAAGGGGAAGGGGAAAUCAUCCAGCAAGUCUGCAGAACAAGUUUGUUCCUCUAGUACUGUGGAUUCUUCUGAAACAGAUCAGGGAAAACCUUCCUUCUUUCUUGGUGAUUCCAAGAAUGAGGCAGAUGGUGGUGAGGAGGAAGCUGACCAGGAGGAAGAGGAGGAGGGUUUUGAAAAGCAGCUGGAAGAAGACUUUGACAGUGAUGAAGAUGAAGAUGAAAAUAUUGAAUUUGAUAGUGAUGAAGAAGAAGAAGACGAUGAUGAUGAUGAGGAAGAAGAAUCUGAUGAAGAGGAAGAAGAGGCAGGAGAGGAAGCGAGUCUAUUUACGGAUGAUACUGCUCAGGAACCAGGACACGAAAGUGGUUGCACUGCCAUCUUGUCCUUAAUACGAGGCAAACAGAUCAUUGUGGCCAAUGUUGGGGAUUCCAGAUGUGUGCUGUGUCGGAAUGGCAAAGCAGUGGACUUGUCAGUCGACCACAAGCCAGAGGACGCCCCAGAACGAGAGAGGAUAGUAGCAGCCGGUGGAAAAGUCACGGUGGAUGGGCGAGUCAAUGGUGGGCUCAAUCUCUCCAGAGCUCUAGGUGACCAUUUCUACAAAAGAAACAAAGAAAAGAGUGACAAAGAGCAAAUGAUCACAGCUUUACCUGAAAUAAUGACGGAAACCAUUGAGGAGGAGGAUGAAUUCAUGGUGCUAGCUUGUGAUGGAAUCUGGAAUUACAUGACAAGUCAAGAAGUGAUAGAUUUCAUCAAACAUAGAUUAGAUAAAGCUGAAUUCCAAGACACCUUGUCCAGAAUAUGUGAAGAGCUGUUUGACUAUUGUCUUGCACCCAACACUCAUGGAGAUGGGACAGGAUGUGACAAUAUGACGUGCAUUAUCAUCAACUUUAAAAAUAAUCAGAACAACAAGAGAAACUGUAGCACACUAGACAGUUGUUCAGAGGGUCAGUCAGAAAAACGACCAAAACUGGACAUAGAUGAAACUACCCAAGCAUUCACACCAAGCGAGCAGGGUGACUUCGAGGCAGAUAAAUAAGACAGAUCCACAGGAAAAAUGUUGUCAAUUUCACAUAGAUUGUGUUUAUUAUAUAAACAUUGAAAUUUUUAGCUCACAUGAGCUGAAAGCUCAAGUAAAUUAUUCUGAUCACUUUUUGUCCGGCAUCAAUCUGUCCACCAACAGUUAAUAUUUUCGACUUCUACAAAGGGGGAGGGGUCGUAUAUUGGUUUUUGUCCUGUCUAUCUGAAACUUAAACCUUGCUCGUAACUUUGAAUGGUGAGUGAUAGAGCCAUCGUAUUUCAUAUGUAUAUAUCUUGGUAUAUAUCUUGUGACAAGACCUUUCUGUUGGUACCAAAAGUUUUUUGAUGUUGUGACCUUGACCUUUGAGAUUGACCUACUUUUAAGAAAAUUUAACCUAGGCAAUAUCUCCUGCACUAUUUAAGGUAGGGCUUUCAUAUUUUUUAUAAAGAUUCUUUAUGUCAAGAAACUUAAUUUGAUGCCAUGGUGACCUUGAAGUUUAAUUCAAAUUUUAAAACUUUUAUCUUAAGUUUUACCUGUUCAUUACUUUUGAAUAGUGAGUGAUAUAAUUUUCAUAUUUCAUACAUGUAUUCCUUGUGAUAAGACCUUUCUUUUUGGUACCAAAAAUUUUGAUGUUAUAAUGAUCUUGGAUUCUAACUGACUUUUAAGAAAAGUUAACCUCGGCAAUAUCCUCUGAACUGUUUGAGGUUGGGUUUCGUGCGUUGUAUAUCAAUUCCUUAUGGAAAGACCUUACAUUUCAUACCAUGAAUUUUUUUUACUCUAUGACCAUAUAUCAUAACCCUGUGGGGCUAGUUUGGAACCACUAUACGGGGUUUAAAAAAAUGGAAAUAAAGAUUGCAUAAAAUCUUUUAAAAAUCACAGAAGCAGAACAACAGCAGGGCCAAGAUGAUUCAUGUGAGCACCGUGGCCAUUCGCCUCUUGUUAUAUAAUUGUCAAAUGAACUUCAUGUCCUAAUCAUCAACAUUAUUCAUGUGAUUGCAUCCAAUUUGUAAAUUUUGAACAGAAAAAGUAUAUAUAUGUGCAUAGGCCUUUGUACUAUUUUGAUGAGUGUUAUUAUUUAGUCAAUCAUUGAUUAAAUGCCCUUUCAAGGGGAGAGAAUUAAGAAAUAGCAAAAAUGGGGUGUUUUAAAGAUCUUCUCAACAACUACAGUAAAACACGCUUAUUGCAAAUAUGCAUACAAUGAUUUUAUGCAUAAUGCAAAGUGAUAUUUAUUCCCUUAUGAGGGCAAAAUAACGGAAAAAAAUUAUAACAAAGUUUGGUUAUAACAAACUGUUUUCGUUGGCCCUGAAUGUUUGCUAUAACCAUGUUUUAGUGUAUAAUGAAGUUUUGUUAUAACGAACUGUUUUCUCUGGCCAUGGAGGUUUGCUAUAACCGUGUUUUACUGCACUGGACCAGCAAAGAACUAGCAAAGAAGCCCCUAGAUGUAAUUUAAGAUUCACAUGAACCUGGAGCAAGGAGGGGGGUGGAAUAGGGAUUUAAUGUUAUAUCUUUGGAAGAUAUAGGAAAAUUCUUUUUAAAAUGUUUUUAAAAACCACAAGGUUUUUUGAUUGAAUUAAAGCUGUAUGAUCCGAU